GGCUGCGAUAGGCAGAGAGAGCAAUAGGGAGAAAUGAGUAAGGGCUGAAGGAGUGCGCGGCGUAAUUCCUGCUCUGUGAUCGCAGAUCCGCCGGGUGAGGAACCAGGAGAGGGGGCAGAGGGGCAGCCCAGCCCUGCAGCCGCUCGGGACGGAGAGCCGGCAGAUAUUUAUAGAUAGGAAAACAAAAACAACCUUCCCCUGAAUAGACCCUUUCUUAAAUAGAAAGUCCUGGCAAUUCUGUCUCAUUUCAGCGAUUUCCUGAGUCUAAGAAUAGAAAUGAGCCGCCUGGAAGGCGCUGCAGGCAGCAAUUUGGAGGCAUAGGCUGCUUUAUUUUAUUUUUUCCAAGUAUUAAAAAAAAAAAAAAAAAAAAAAAAAAAAACCCUUCCAUUUGGACACGGGAUUUGCACGUCGGCCUUUGGCACGGAGGGACGGAUGGCUACUUUUAAUUCUACUUUUUGUUUUCCUACAAAACUGUCUCCCAGUUAAAGGCACGGGAUCAGCAUUACCUGCAUGUGACAACCCCGGGACCCCGGAGGACACCGACUGAGAGGCAGAGCUCUCCUGCACUGCUUUCCUUCCACCCCACUUUUUUUUAGGAAGGAAGAGAAGGAAUUAUUAUUAUUUUUUUUUCCCCAUUUUUUUUCCAGCCCAAGAAUUGCUUGCCCCCAAGUUUUGGAGGGGGACCGAAGACUCGUCACCCACCUCCGGGUGCAUGAAGGGUGCUGGCUUUCCAUCUCUGUUCCCUUGGUCUCGUGAAGGGUUGGAAGAGAGUUUUGCCACCUAUCACCUGGAACAAGAGGAUGGUUUGGAAAUGGCUGGGCGCUGUGCUGCUGCUCCCCGUGCAGAUGCUUUACCUGGUGCUGAAAGCCGCCGUUUGUGCUCUGCUGCCACCCAAACUACGGGACCUGUCUGGGGACACCGUGCUGGUGACAGGUGGGGGACGUGGCAUCGGCCGCCAACUGGCCCGGGAAUUUGCCAGGCGAGGAGCCAGGAAGAUCAUCCUGUGGGGUCGAACUGAGAAAUGCCUGAAGGAGACCACAGAGGAAAUCAGGAUGAUGGGGACAGAAUGCCAUUAUUUCAUCUGUGAUGUUGGAAACAGAGAGGAAGUCUAUCGGCAAGCCAAAGCUGUGCGGGAGAAGGUGGGUGACAUCACUGUCCUAGUGAACAAUGCUGCUGUGGUCCAUGGUAAAAGUCUGAUGGACAGCGAUGAUGAUGCACUGCUCAAAUCACAGCAUAUAAACACCCUGGGACAGUUCUGGACCACCAAAGCGUUCUUGCCAAGGAUGCUGGAGUUGCAGAAUGGACACAUAGUUUGCUUGAACUCUGUCCUGGCCUUGUCAGCCAUCCCUGGUGCCAUUGACUACUGCACCUCCAAAGCUUCUUCUUUUGCCUUUAUGGAGAGCCUGACCUUGGGGCUGCUGGACUGUCCUGGAGUGAAUGCCACAACAGUGCUGCCCUUCCACACAAGCACAGAGAUGUUCCAGGGCAUGAGAAUCAGGUUCCCUAAUCUUUUUCCUCCUCUCAAGCCAGAGACUGUGGCUAGGAGGACAGUGGAAGCUGUGCAGAUGAAUCAAGCCUUCCUGCUCCUUCCAUGGACAAUGAAUGUUCUGGUCAUCCUGAAAAGCAUUCUCCCUCAGGCAGCACUUGAAGAAAUCCACAAGUUUUCUGGGAGCUACACCUGCAUGAACACUUUUAAAGGACGAACAUAGACUUGGUGGUGGAAGGACUGUUCUUCAGAGAGACCAGCACAAGCAUGAAAAUCCUGACAGGGCUGUGAAUCAGCAGUCUUGGCUUGUAGCCUGUUCAUGUGACUCGCGCUGCUUUGAGGCAACACAUUUCUUGCAGGUCAUAUCCAUAGUAACAUGACCUUUGCACAGGAUUUAAUGACCAGACUAUGGACCCUUGGCAAGAAAAAACAGAAAGUGUGAAAUGUUUAUGUGAUGUUAAAUUCUUUAGGGUUCAAUUGUUAAAUCAGCUCAUAGUUUUAAGAUGUAAUUUUUGUUUCUAAAGGGCUGUCUCAGCUGAGAGGCAGCAUGUUGCACCCCAGGCUUCAUCCGCUGUCUUCGGAGGAACUGCAAUUGCAAACUGACACUGAUUACAUUUCAGCUUUUUGAAUGGGGAACUUUAAAAAUGAAGAGCUACAAGUUGUGGACAUUGAAUGGAAGUUCCUUCCCUUCCUUCGCUUUAUAUUUGUUGUUGAAGCCGUUCCCAAGUCAUGUCAGGGAAGGAGCAAACUGCUGUUUUCUUUGUGAAAGGCUCCCCAGGCCUUUUCUCUGCAAGGAUUGCUCUGUGCCCAGGAAAGCUGUCUUACUGCACCCAUGAAGUCUGGACAGCAGUGCUCAGUCAGAAGAGCAUACAGCUUGAAUCACGGAAGAUUCCUUCUGUCAUUGAGCUCAUAUAUGGAAUGUAAUUGUCCUUCUGAAUAUUUUUGUUCAUUUAUGAUGAAAUAUAUAUAUAUUUUUAGCAUUAAUUCCAGAUUGCCACGCAUGUAAGACAGCAUCACAUUGGGGGGUAAACUAAAUCUAGAGCCUGCUUGUACAAAAACACAUUCAGUGACAUAAUCCAUAGAGUAAAAUCCGUUGUAUCAAUCUGCACAAUGAAAUAAGAGGAAUAAUUCUCUGAAAAUGGAAGAGACAGUGCUGUAGUGCUCAUGAAAUGUGGAGUUUGGAAGCACAGUUAGCAAAGGCCUGAUUAAAUGCAUGUUGAAUUCAA